GAUCAGCGGCGCCAACCGUCACUUUUCUCCGAACUCCAUUUUGGCUUCCAGUGAGGCGCUGUUUCACCACCUCUCCACACUUCAUCAAUAACUCUGGAGUAACUUUUAACACACAGACACACACACUGUGUAUUAGUUAGUGAAGUUAAUAGUGAGAAGGCCCGUUUGAGGGAGCCUCGAUCCUGGCAGCGACAUGUAGUUAGUUAUUUACCUUCCUCAUGUCCUAUUUGCUGCUUGUUCCCAAAGAUGAUUUCAGAUACAAAUAUGUGGUCAUUCACAUUGUGCUAGGAUUCGAGAGAGUAGAUGACACUGUGCAUUUGACUUGGAUGCCAUGUGCAUAGUCAUUGAAAUUCUUUUGAAAGAACCUACAUCCUGGAAAACAUCACAAUGUGUUCAGUUCCCGGCCUUCCGUCCUCUGGAUCCAAUGUGUCUGUCCUCAUUUCCAGAGUAAACUUGAAUCCUCUUUGUGUUCUGGUAGAGUUUUGGGGAAACUUUGACCAGGAUCGAAAUCUUGCCUAUCAGCGAAUGAAAAAAGAGAUUCAGUUUCCCAGAGAAGUAUUUCAUGAGGAAGAAGGGAGUCCUGGUGACCUGUGCCUUGUCCGAGUCUACGAAACAUGGUAUAGAGCCCGUAUAGUGUCAAAAAAUGCUACCAACUACAGUGUUUUUCUUAUUGAUGAGGGCAGAACACUUCGUGCUACUACUAGCACUUUGGCAUGGGGCCAGACCGACUUCUUCUACCUACCUCCAGAAGUUGAAUUUUGUAUUCUUGCCAAUGUCCUCCCUCUGUCCCCUGAAAACAGAUGGUCAAAGAUGGCCUUGGAAUUCAUGAAAGCCUUCUGUGGAAGAAGAGUCAGUGCCUGUGUUCAGGAUGUUAUAGUACCUCAGCGUACGUUUCUUCUUGAUAUACCAAGCCUGUCCAAAGAAAUGUACGAGAUGGGAUUUGCAAAGAAAUUGUCAAAUGAAAGGUUCAAAGACUUUGUGGUUAGGUCUUUGCAGUCUCAUAGUGAGUCUGAAGAGCCCCAGAUAGCUAUGACCAAGGAGCCUUAUAACUUGUUGGAACAAACUCAGAAGAAGCAGUGUUACAUGUAUCCAGAGCUACAAUCUGAAACAGUUGAGACUGUAAUUGUCACCGAGGUAACAAAUCCUCUUCGCGUCUUCUGUCAGUUAAGGGUGUUCUCUCAGGAGCUCAGGAAAUUGACGGAACACAUAACUGAGCAUUAUGAAGGAAAAGUAGGAACUACUUUUGCAAGGCACGAGAACUUGGGGACACCUUGUGCAUCAAGAGGAAGUGAUGGAAAAUGGUAUCGGUCUGUUUUGCAGCAGGUCAUGUCAUCCAACAAUGUGGCAGAAGUACUGCUUGUGGAUUAUGGAAAGAAACAGUUUGUCAAAGUAGAACAUGUCAGACAGCUGGCCUCAGAAUUCUUUCGCAUGCCUGUUGUGACUUACGUGUGUUCUCUCCAUGGAAUUAUUGACAGAGGUGUUGGUUGGACAGCUUCACAGAUUGACUUUUUGAAGUCUUUAGUGCUCAACAGACCAGUGAUUGCCAAGUUUGAGUAUCAAAGCCUGUCAGAGGGUGUCCACUAUGUCACACUCUAUGGAGAUGAAAACACAAACAUUAACAACUUGUUCGGACUGAGAGAGAAAUGCUUGCUGGACUCAAAGCCCCAAGAAGCAGUCCACAGGAUCCCAUCAUCUCAGUCGUGCAAGAUUCCUGUUGGAAGUGAGACAAAAGGCACCAGUCCAACCAACUUACAAGAUCUGAAAGGGAACACAGCUGUUUUUUUUACAGAAAGUCUGUCACCUAACACCUCUCAUGUAGCUGUUGUUCAGCAUGUUGAUAGUCCCGCAAAGUUUUGGAUUCACACACAAAAGUAUGCUGAUGAGUUUGACCAGCUGAUGCAGGGCCUGGAAGACCUGUGUAGUGAUGCAACCAAGCUUCGUGAAAUGAAUAGACAGCCUGUUCCAGGCCGACUCUGUUUGGCCAAAUCUCAGGAUGGUGUGCUCUACAGGGCUGCCGUUUGUAACAUCCGUGAUGAGAAAGCGGAGGUUUUCUUCCUUGAUUAUGGAAACACAGAAGUGGUUGAUUGUUUCAGCCUGUAUGAGAUACCUCUGCAAUAUCAAAACCUACCAGCCUUGGCAAUAAGAUGUGCACUCUAUGGUGUCAAGCCAAGUGGUGAACAGUGGGAUCAGAAGUCCACAUUAUUCUUCUCAAAAGCUGUUCAAGAUAAGGUUCUUGACAUUCAUGUACUUGCAAAGUCCCAUUAUACUCACAUCAUCCAGGUAGUUGAUCAUUUGUCCAGUGAAGAACAAGAUGUAUCAAAGCUGAUGUGCGGUGCCGGUUUGGCAAAUGGUGAAGGUCUAAAGAAAACUGUGGAUAGACCUGUUGUUAAAUGUUGCAUCCAAAAGGGAGAGACUUGCGACAUGCUAAAAACAAGUGAAGUUUUACAGUCACCCAGUUCACCUGCCAUAAUGAAAACUAAGUCUGCUUUCAAGGAGUACUUGUUUCCAAUUGGGAGUUCAGUUGAGGUCACAGUGUCGUACAUUGAGAGUCCAAAUGACUUUUGGUGCCAAAAAGCGAAAAAUGCAGAAUGUCUAAAACUGCUAAUGCAAGACCUUCAGGAUUACUAUGCAACUAGUGAAUUUCAACCCUCUUUGGAAGCAGCCUGUGUUGCUCGUCAUCCUGAAAAUGGAAUGUGGUAUCGAGCCCUGGCCAUUCAGAAGCACCAGACUCCUCAUGUGACUGUGCUCCUAGUUGAUUAUGGACAGACACUGAAGGUUGCCGUACAUGAACUUCGCUGCAUUGAUCCAGCAUUCCUAAAGCUAAAUGGACAAGCCUUCAGAUGCAGCUUGUAUAACUUGAUCCAUCCAGUUCCUCACUCCUCUUUAAACUGGACCCCUGAUGCCACUUUGCAGUUUAAAGAGUUUGUGGACAAUGCAAACUCGAUGAACAUGGCCUUAAAAUGUACAGUGUAUGCUGUGAUGAAUGACUCCCAGAAAGUCGUGUUUAAUGUAGUGGAUCUUGAGACUCCUUUUCAAAGUGUUUGCAGUCUUCUUGUCCAGAGAGGUUUGGCUGAUCAGGCAUCUAAAAAGAUACCUCUUCCACCUUUUCGCCUGGACACAUACUACUACUCCACACAUGGUGUGAAAACUGGGUCAGAGGAAGAUGUAAGCAUCACCGGUGUGAAAAAUGUCAACCACUUUUUUUGCCAUCUAGGAAGAAAUUCCAGGCAGAUUGAAGAUCUUGCAGACAAAGUCAAUAAAAUGUGCAACCAGCUGAAGAACGUUAACUUCCCCAAAGACUUCGGAAAAGUUUGCUUUGCAAAAUACUCAGACGGACUUUGGUACAGAGGACAGAUCACAUCUACAAAGCCUUCAGUUGUAGUCAACUUUGUGGAUUAUGGAAACACCCAGGAAGUUGAGAAAUCAAACCUCCUCCCAGUUCCAUUUGAAGCCAGUGGAAUCAUAUCUGUACCUGUACAGGCAGUUGAGUGUGGGCUUUCCGACAUGCCUGAAAAUGUCCCAAAGGAAGUGAAUAAUUGGUUUGCGAAUUUUGUAACUGAUCGCCCUCUGAAAGCACUGGUGGUAGCUAAGGAACCAAAUGGCAAAAUAAUUGUUGAGCUCUAUGAUGGACAAAAUCAGGUGAAUGCAAUGAUCAAAGAGAAAUUUCACCUUGAGCUUGACAGAAAUGAACAAAUAAUCUUUAAGGGAUUUAAUUCCAAGAAUUUGAAUUCACAAAAUGUGACACACAGCAUGGCAACUCACAAUGUACGUGGACUUAAGAGAGGAAAAGAACCUCAAAGUGCUGCCGAAAAUUGGAGAUCUGGUAAAAAUCAUCGCUUUGAAGCCGAUGAGAGCCCAGUGAAACCACCAGAUGGCGACAUUAGGAAAAAUAGGACCUAUAAAGAGUCAAGUCCAGUUUGUCACAAGAAAUCCCAGAGUGAAUCUUCCAGUGUGUGCAGUGAAUUUUUCAAAGCAAGUGGCUUAAAACUGGCAGAGCUUCCUUUGACAGUAGUGAACCCAGGGCUGGAAGCUGAGGUGUUCAUCUCUCAUUGCAAUAGUCCUUUGAGCUUCUUUGUUCAGUUGUUAUCUGAUGAAAGUGACGUUUGCUCUCUGGCAGAGAAGUUAAACGGCAACCAGUCAAAGUUGGAGUCCAUUAAACCCAGUGACCUUCAUGAAGGAGACCUGGUCAGUGCAGUGUUCCCUGAUGAUGACUGUUGGUAUCGUGCCGCUGUAAGGAAUACACCAACCAGUAACACAGCUGAUGUUGAAUUCAUUGAUUUUGGAAACACUGCAGAGGUUUUAAUCUCAAAAAUAUGCGCACUUGCCAGAUCAAUGUUUGCAUAUCCGAGAUAUAGCAUUCACUGCUCACUGGCUGGAGUGGAAAAUGUUGACAACAAAGUAGUUUCUGACUUCAAAAAAGAAAUAGAAAAUGCAGAGAAGGUCACAUGUACAUUCAUCAAACAGUUAGGCUCUGUGUGGGAGGUCAAACUUGAAGCCGGUGGGAAGCUGCUUGGAUCCUCUUUCUCCUGUGCAUCAACAAAGGCACUCAAAAGCCCAGGGCCCAGUCCUGGAACUUUUUAUGCAAAUCCUGACGUUUCAAAUGGACUGACCAUCAGUGGAUAUGCUUCAUUUAUUAGUGGACCACAGCUUUUCUGGUGUCAGUAUGCAGAGCCAGAAAAGCUGCAAGAGAUUUCUGAUGUAAUUCAGAAGGCUGGUAAUGCUUCAGAAGCUGAAUCUUUGAAUAGUGAAUCCUUCCCAGUUGGAAGCGGCUGCAUCGCCCUUUAUGCCGAGGACCAGCUGUGGUAUCGUGCAAAGGUGACCUCAGAAGAACACGGCACACUAUCCAUCCUGUUCGUUGACUAUGGAAAUGAAUCAGAAGUUAAGAUAAGUGAGACAAAACCCCUGCCAUGUGAGGUUUCAGACAUGCCUCCACAAGCAUUUGCCUGCCAGCUUGAUGGUUUUGAACUUUCAGAGGGGUCCUGGGAUGACAAGGCAGCUGAUCAGUUCUUUGAGCUUAUGAAUGACCAACUCUUGAAAGUCACAGUUUUGGGAGUGGGUAGUUGGUGUAAUCUGGGCACUCCUUAUUGUGUUAGAGUUGAAUGUGGUGAACUUGUCAUCAAUGAGGCAAUGAAAAAUUGUUGGACCCCAAAUUUCAAUAUCGCAGCACUUGAGCUAACAAACACAGGAUCUGUGAAUUCUGUUGAUUUGUCCGUGGUUACUGAAAUCAAAUCCUCUGAAUGCAUAGCUGAAUCAACAGUAAUUCCUGACGAGCCACCUCAGACAGGUGAGGAAUAUCCACACAGUGAUGCUGAGAUGUCAACACUGAAAGUGCAGCACCCUGAGCUAGAAUUUGAGAGUUCAACACAUGGGCAUGAAGAUCAAGCUGGAUCUGGGGUGAUGCUGAAAAAAAGUGAUGCUGACCUGUGUGUGUUGUCACCUCAGGAAGACAGUUCUGCAUUGAAGAACUCAAAAGAAUUAGUUGUGGAUAAGGGCUUGAGUACAAACGAAGAGACAGAAUUAACAGUCGAAGUUAUCCAAGGCACUGGAAAUCCCCAAAAUUCUGAGAUGACUGUAACAAAGGUUUCAAGUGUACACCCCUCAGAUGUUUGUGCACAAUCAGAUUUGCCAAUAACCCAUGAAACCACUGAUGUCAAAAUCUUGACUAAGGCUGAUUGUUUAAUUGUGAAGAGCACUGGUGAAAUCCUAAUAGAAACUUCAUCUCAGGAAUGCCAGUUCACAGAUGAAACCGUGGGCCAACAUACAAGUCUGGAUUCCUCUGUUGCAGAAUAUGAAGAACAUAAAGUUGAGGGCAAUCAAGAGAUUAUUAAGUCAGCUUUAGGGUUCUUAACAAGGGUUACAGAGAAGAUUCUUGUUGGAUUGGAAUGUGCAGUGUGGUCCCAUGCACACAAGAAUUGGUGUCGAGCACAGGUCGUAAAGAUUUCUGAGGAUUCUACAUUGGUGCUGCUUUUGGAUCAUGAUUCUGAAAUGAUGGUUGAUCCAGUUAACAUAUUUAAAAUAAUACCAGAGGAACCAUUGCAGAUCCCAUGCAGUGAUGAUAUGGAGAUGCCAAAUGAAGAUAAAGCGACAUCUGAGGAAGACAAUAGUGCAUAUGGUCACCAGGAUCCUCUUUCAAAGGCAGAAGAGACAGAGCACAAAGCUUUAGCAAGUCAUGCUUGUGUAGUACCUUCUGAUCAUGUUGAGGUGGCUGAAGAACCUUGCGAGAUGCCUGUGAUUGAUUUGGUCACUCUCCCUGAGGAACAGAUUCAAGACACUGAUUUCUCCUCUUCUGGUGAUUUGGUGGAGACAGCUAUUGAACCUUUGUAUGAAGAUGUGAAUAAAGGUUCAGCUCAAGCCCCGGAUAGUUUUCCAGAAUUGGGUGACUUUUCUGAAGACAUUUCAGAUGAGAAAAAAGAACCAGUCUUGGUGAUGGAUCUGGGAGUAGAUCUAGGGAAAAACAUGAGCACUGAUUUGAUGGACCAGACACAGGAAGAAGAAUCUAUGGAGACUUGCCCUCCAGUAGAGGAGCAGAGAGAUGAAGGUGCAAGUAAGGUCAUUGACGGGGCACAUGAGCUGAUGGAUUUCCUUGCAGUAACAUCGAUAGACAAGGCCCAGAAUGUGGAGCUUGAGGCUGAACAUGAUCUGGAAGCUUUGAUCGAAGAAGUUAACAGUUUUACAGAAGAUCUGAUUGAUUUGGAAAGUGAUGCUGAACUGGGCUCAGACACUGCAUCUGACGACACGCUUCAAGGAGAUCUAGCAGACACUGAACCUCCUCCUGCAGUGACAGAAUCUUCUGGCUUGGAGGUGAAGACUGUUUCUGAUUACCCUGACUCAGAAGAGCUAAGCAUUUCCGGAGUCUCUCAUCUGACCCUUAAAGUUCAGGACCUGUCUGAUGAUGAGAUCAUCUUUGUGAAGGCUUGGCAGGUAUCUCCUCCUGAGGUGAAUGAGCACGACAGUGGACAAUAGUUGCAGCAUGGUUACUGUAAACAUGUCUAAACGGAUGUUUCUCAUUGUUUUGCCUAUGUUCUUAUUAAUCCAUUUACUCUGAUUUAAAAAAAAGAUGUUAGAUGUAAAGUAGAUGAUUGAAAGUAGUUCUAUAGUCAGCACUUAGCUAUUGUUUAUGACUUGAGAGUUUUUUUGCUCCCUAUGGGUUUCUUGUUAUUCAAGAUUAUCUAGAAAGCUUGAACAACUUUCUAACAUAAAAGUCUUUUGUUUCAUUGUUUAUUUAAAAUGUUAAGGAUGAAAGUGACUGACACUUAAUUGCUACAUGUGAAGAAGGGCCAUAGGUAAAUAUUUUUUUUGCAUAGUAAAGAAUAAAUAAUUUCUUACUUUGUUGUA